CGAGUCGCGUCCAAGAUUGUCACUUUAUCUUAUCGCGAUAUUUGUCACCUUGCUUCAUUCGAGUUUGAAAUUACGAUGGCAUUAGCAAUUCUAAUUGCAGAACACUUGACAAUGCCAUUGACAUCCAAGAGACAAUAGAAAUUCAAAUUUCGCGCCGCAUCACUCACGUGACGAGUCAAAUCACCUGUUAGAAAAUCGGAAGGACGAAGUCUUUAACCUAGUUUUUUUGCUCCUCGGAGAAGGAUUUAGGGACUUUUUUACGGGUUUUGUAUUGUCCCUGAUUUCGGAUUGUUGUGCUCUCAUGAGUUGUAAACUGUAAACAAACUGGGAGGUUAUGAAUGAUAAAUUUGUAAAUUCGGUUUAUAAAAGGUGGGAAUAGUUUGGUAAAUCCUGUGGAAAGUGCUACACGCUCUGUUUCCCGAGAAAAGUCACGCCUUCUCGAAGAAGAGGCACUUGACUCUCAGUCUUCCAUUCUUGCCAGGAGUUUAUUGUCGAUUCGCACGUGUUUCUCGUGGUGUCAAUAAAAGGAAGCUGUCUGAUGCAGAACUGUCUGAACUGGAACUCGAUUUAAUUGUUUUAAACAAUUAAAAAAAAUACUAUUUGUGGAAUUUUAAGUGAAGUGCGUUGUUCAAUAUUUCAUAACACAACAGGUGCAAUGGAUUCGAAGAUAUUCAGGAUGAGGAUAGAGAUUUUAGCCUUGGUGUUGCUCUCGACUGCAGCAUUCGCCCAAAAUAUUGCACAGCUUCCGAUGAACUGGUCUAAGUCUUUCGAAGUUUCUGUAUCAACAAUGGCAACAACAAACGAGCUUCGAAAUUACGAAACACACAUGUCAGCAGGCUGCUAUUUUCCUGCAGAACUUCAGGGCGAAUUUGUAAUGCAAGUGAGUGGAAAGAAUGCGAAGGGUUCCAUGACCAAGGGUGCACCAAUUCAAUAUUCCCCAGUGAAUAUUACCUAUAACGCUAUUCCAGUUUGGGGCACUUGCCACAGGAAAGUUGGCAACAACGUAUUGCUCAUGGACAGUUAUGGGGAUGGUGAGUGCAUCAGAUGUUUUCGACUCGAACGAAGAGCACGCAACAUCAUUGAAGUUUUCUCAGAGAACUUGAACAGGUGUUAUACCAACGAGCAAGCAGCCAUAGAAUCUUGUGGAACUCUCAAUGCAACAUCGAUCCUUUAUCGUACGCGAGACGUUGGAGCAGCCCCAAUUGCCUAUGAAUAUUGCCCAAUCGCUGGACGAUAUCAUUUCAAAUACAACAUUAAUGAGGGAACCGAAGAAAAAUUCGAAUGCAAUUCGUUUUCAUCGGAUUUCGACACCUGUCCAGUUGGUUCAGUGAUCCACUUGCAAUUUAAGCGCUGCUCCUUUGACAGCUUUGAUAUUACUUUUAAUUGUUUGGGAAGCUGGGACGGCCCAAAUGGAGCACGAUAUAUAGCUUUGGAAGACACCAGAGAAGGCGGAGGAUUCAGACCACAAUACCGUUGUGGACUUUACUACGUCGACACCAAAAAAGGAAAAACUUAUCUCUCCUUCAGCAGCGAUUCAAGCUGCAAUCAAAAUUUAAUGAAUGCCACAGGUGGUUAUGAAACCUUGGUACUCACGAAGGCUACCAAUCAAAAAAUAACACCAAGUUAUGUGAAGAAUCACUUAUCCUCAUUUCCGAAAUGGGCACAGGGGGAAUGGGAGGAAUCGUUGGUCGUUGAUGGAACAAUGACUUUCAUCGAUCGAAACGGCUAUAAUAGUUUCACAUUUAUAGCCGUCGAUUCGAAUCACGAAACUGGUCGAUACGUUGUCUAUUCCAAGGAUCAUUGUGAAAGAGAAGCUUUUGCUUGUAUGCUGAUGAGGCAGAGAAGUGAAAACGUAAUGGAAUUCACAACAGGGUUGCUAUCGAGUCCCAUUUAUCAGCCCUAUUUGUGCGAGGAUCCUAAUUUGGACAAACCAGUUUGGAUGACGCAAGCUCGUAUUGAGCGUACAGUCGAGUCUCCGUGUCCAAUCACAGGGCAAUAUAUGGGCAGGAUAGUCGACAUUCCCGGGAUGUGCGCUGAAUUAAGCAGCAAUUGCCAUACCCGAGAAGUAAUGUAUUUCAAAGUGAGCGAUUGUGAAACUGGAGAAUUGUAUGAAGAACGGUCGUAUCAGUGUCUCGGACAAUGGGAAGAAAAGGGUGUCAUGUACACGUACACGAUGCGAAAUGACACCAAAACGAAAGAGUGCUUCGUCGGAGUAAUUAUGAACGACGAGGAAAUUUAUAUCAAAGAAGCUGGCGAUCACUGCAUCCGAAAUAUCGACCCCAAGGAACAAGGAAUGCGGCUUUAUAAAAAAGGCCAAUGUUAUGGAAACUCACCAAGCCCAGCACCAACACCAAUGAGGCCUAACACAAAAGAUCCUUCAAUGAGACACACAACUUACCGACCCAGAAGUCCAGCCGGACCUACCAGAAUGCCUCCAAGAGUAUUUCUGUCUUCAGCGAGUGGAACAUAUUCUUCCUGUUUCACUAUUUUAUUCACCGUCAUAAUUUCCAGAUUAAAAAUGAUUAUCGCAAUCUAAAAAUUGUCCA